CAUCCUCCUCACACACCCUUUUGGCGCCUCAACCGACAAGCUGUAUUCACCACCUACCUGGCCAAGCAAGGUGUUUUUUGGACCGAUAAUACAUACACACAUACCGAUACACGACCCGCCCACAGUCACGUCAUAUCUAUUAUCAGUAGACGGCCCGGGCUAAAUCAAACCCUAUCGUAACAACAGGCGAUUUUGGCUUCAAAGGGUUCUAGCCAUAACGAAGCCUAUCGCCGCAUCCAGCCAAUAACUUACGAGGAUCACCUUGAGGGUUCACAAACCUGUUCGACCAAGUCACUGCCGCUUAUAUUCCGGACUCCAUCGUCGUUAUAUCAAUCGUCGAUCAGUCGCCGACAGCGAAAAUGCCGAAGCGAUCUCUAGACGCCAGCAACCUGUCCCCCACGAUGCCGACUGUCCGGGCGCAGAAGAAGACUGAGAGAUCCCAUGAAGAGAAUCAGGAACGCGCCUACAUUGCCGCCUCACGGCGUGCGGACCGGAGCAUCGAGGCUCGCGUGCAGUCGGCUAAGAUGGCCAGCGAGAUUCACAAGAAGCGCACCGGCAAGGGUUUCAAGAUUUCCGAGGCCAUCGUCCAAGCCGAGGAGAUGUAUGAGGAGGAAGAGGACGACAUGCCCAGAUCCUACCGCAUGCUCGCAGCUCACCUGCAGACUGGCUCCCCCGAAUUCGACUACCGUGUUAAUGCUUUCCUUGCCAACCGCGUAGCCAUGGCCAGCAUGGUGGCUGGACUCCGCAACGAGGAAUGGGCCCAGAACCCCAUCAACAAGAUGUUUGCUGAACAGUUCCCCAACGCCAACAAGCAAGCCCAGGCUUUGUCACGUAACAUUACCAACUCGAUGUACUACCAGCCCGUUGCUAGACAUUCUGCAGGCCAGCAGCAGCAGCAGCAGCAGCAGCAAACUUCUCCUGCCAACGCUGUUUCGAGCCCAAUCUCACCAUCCUUCGGUACGGUAAACUUCCAGUCAGAGAAUCAGCAGUAUCAAAGGGAGAGGACGCAGUCUCUGGCGUCGCCCAUGGAAAUGGCCACGCCUAUCGCACGAGAGAGUGCUCUGUCCCCCCCUGCUUUGUCCCCUUCGUCCGAGGCAGCCGCAGGCACACCAUCGACACGCGCCGCUUCGACCUUCCCUUCGCCAAUGAUGACCAUGAAUCACAGCCUCUUCUCGCCCGAGUCGUCCUUCACAGCGGAGCUUCCAAUGGACGUCAAAAUGAUGGCACCUAAUUUGGACAUGAGUGAUCCAAUGUCUCAUAUGUUCAUGGGCAAUCCUUUACAGCAACAGGUGUACUAUCCCGACACGCACUCGUUGGCUGAUCUGAAACACGACCAGCAUUUGAACGAUAUGGCGCUAGCCAACCACGAAUACUUUGACGGAGAUUUGAACCCGUACGCAUCCCGCUACGACGAAAAUGAUCCGCAAGGCGAGGGCACAACGCCUGCACCCAACGUCAACGAUAGCUGGGAUGCUUUCCUUGACUUUGGCGAGCAAUCUGACACUGGUGCCGUCGAUCCGACAUUGUAGUCGGCAUGCCACCAGGCGUGGUUGGCACAUGGAUUGUGUGACGGACAUAAUGAGGAAAACACAUAGAAAGAGAAGGAAAGCAACAAGUGGUAUGAUAUGAUGAAGGGACCCUGGCUGGUUCAUGAGCAUGACUUUUUAGAGUACGCAUUUGCAUCGGUCGGUCCACAAGAGGCGACAUGGAAUACCCAUCAGGCAACCCUAUAGGCGUUUGGGUGUAUCGGACAUUUUCCUUUUUCCCCCUCCCCCCGUUUCCAAUAUUUAGUUCAUCGACGUCCGUUAGCCUGAGGACACUAAGGGAUGGACGGUUUGUUUUUGGUUCUGCUGUUAAUUGGUCCUUGUCGAGAAGUACAUGUCAAAAACAUGGCCGCUGUAUGUUUGCUCGGGGAGCGGAUAAGAGGAGUUUGGUGAGGGAGGAAAGUAUUGCAGUUCACGGUCAAGCUGCAAAGGACAGAUGAUGAGGGGAGAUGAUGAUAACGGAGAACAUCAGUUUCGUUAUUUAAAAAAAAAAAAAUGGCGGCGACAGGAUGAGAGGGUCACUGCGAUUCGGCGGAAGCAAGUGCUGGUAAGAGGCACGGACAACCUGCGAAUUAGGCAAUGCCUGUAUCCCAGAGACUGCAAAACAAAACACAAAUCAGAAAACAUGUAAAAUGA